AUGCGAGCUUAUCAGGUCGUGCGGGGAACGUUGGGCUGCCUUGGAAACCUUGGGAUUAGUGUGGGCAGCAAGCUCGUGAGCCUCGGCGCGAACUGGAUCGAGGGCGUCGGCGCCACAGGACCUGUCAAGAACCCGAUCCUCGAGGCCACCGACAAGGCCAAGAUCAAGAGCGUCUUCUCCAACUACAGCGCCCUUGUCUCCUAUGACCACCAAGGCGCAAACGAUUACCUCCACCUCCUCGACGAGUACGACGGCAACUUCACCAUCGCCACGCAAGACGCCGCCUCCAUUCUCGAAAACGACCUCCAGGACUCGUCGAUGCGCGCCGGCCUCAGCGUCGCCGGGUGGAAGCCUGGCCGCGAUAUGCUCGCCCAGGCCUCCGAGUGGUGGAGCUGGGACUUUGGCGUCUCCUGGUCGCCCGACGAGUGCGGCUUCCAGUUCGGCAUCACCGGGGACAACGAGACCUUCAACCGCUUCGGCGACGAGCGCUACCUCGCCAUCGAGGAGCGCGGCCUCAACGCCUUUGUCCGCGAGGAGGCCCUGACCUUCCUCGACGGUAUCGAGGACCCCAGGCUGCUCCUCAACACCACUGUCGACGCCAUCGAGCACAGCACCAAGGGCGUCGUCGUGCACGACCGCAACGGCGGCUGCGUCGAGGCGGAGUACGCCAUCUGCACCUUCUCCGUCGGCGUGCUGCAGAACGAUGUUGUCGAGUUCAAGCCUCGCCUGCCCGUGUGGAAGCGCGAGGCCAUUGAGCAGUUCCAGAUGGGCACCUACACCAAGAUCUUCAUGCAGUUCAACGAGUCCUUCUGGCCCGAAGACGCGCAGUUCCUCCUCUACGCCGACGAGGACGAACCAUUCCGCGCCGAGCAGCAGACAGACGAGGAGACCAAGGCGCAGAUUCUCGCGGUGCUGCGCAAGAUGUUCCCUGACGCGAACGUGCCCGAGCCGACGGCUUUCAUGUACCCCCGUUGGGGCCAAGAAGACAACUGGCCGGUCGGCAUGACCCUGACCAAGCACCAGAACUUGCGUGCCAACGUCGGCCGCCUCUGGUUCUCAGGCGAGGCAAAUUCGGCCAAGUACUACGGGUUCAUGCACGGAGCGUACUACGAAGGCAAGGACGCCGGCGAGCGCAUCGCGGCCAUGGUCAAAGGCGAGCCCAUCAUCAACCAGGACACGGCCCCCGACGGGCAGCUGAAGCGGUACGAGAAGCUGUACGGGUCCGUCAAUAUGAACGAAUACAAUGAAGGCAACGGGUGGCCGGAUGAUGAGUAG